AUGAGAGAGGAACCAGAGGUUCCGCUAACGGUGGAAUCCAGCGCAACUGGAUAUGGGGCAGAGUGCCUCACCCAUCCACCAGCACCACCUGAGGAUCUGAAAACCACCCCUGAGGUGGAAGAGGACCAGGAACUGGAGAGAAAAACGUCUGGAUUGAAGACCUCAAUGGCUGAAGACGAGAGGAAGACAGCCCUGGAAAUGGCCCAGGCAGCUGGAACAGUUAGACACUGUGUGACAUUUGUAUUGCAAGAGGAGGAACAUACCCUAGGAAAUUUGCUGCAUUACAUCAUCAUGAAGAACCCUGAAAAAGAAGUGGAAUUUUGUGGUUACAAAACCCAUCCUUCAGAGAGCAAAAUUAAUGUAUGCCUUCAGACUCGAGAUGCUCUUGCAGCUGUUGAGCCAAUUCAGAGAGGACUGAAGGAGCUCAAGAACGUCUGCCAAUCUGUGCUUGACAAGUUUGAGGCCAGCAUAGAGGACUAUAAGAAUCAAAGAGCUAGCAGAAAUGAAUCCACAUUCUAG